ACUAUUGAUUCUGAUUUUAAUAGAACCGGGAACACCAGUAGGCCAUGACGUCACAGAAUCAGCUGUCACUAAAAUGGCUGGUGCACUUGAAGGGUUGUUAUUCUUCACUUUGUUUGAUGUACACUUCACUUAAUGUAGUUUCGUUUGUGUUAAAACUGUCAUGCAGUGGCCGAGGCUGCUCUACCACUGUGAAAAACCACUCGUAUUAUUUUAACCAUUUGCUACACUGAAAAUCACCGAAGCUCCUUUGUGUGUUGGACUUUUCUGUUCGUUUGUCAGAGACAUGUGGUUUACUGGCAAAAUUGAUUUGUCUCAUCAUAAAGACGUGCUGUUUGCAGAACUUAUAACGGAAGUAAAAUCUGCCGCACCCGGAGCUAGGCUGACCUAUAAUCUAAGAGCCAAACUAGAAAGAUAUUCUAGGGCAGAUAGGAAAGAAAUUGCUUGUAGAGUUAAGGAUGGAUGUGCCCCACUGUUCAUUGCAUGUAAAAGGGGGCAUGUGGAGAUUGUGGAGUACCUAAUUACUAGUUGUGAUGCAGAUAUUGAACAGCGGGGUCUGUAUGAAGUCCCAGAUGACAGAUCUGUUCAUAAUGUAACUCCCUUGUGGUGUGCAGCUGUUUCUGGAAAAUUACCUGUCAUCCGCUGCUUAGUUCAUUAUGGAGCAGAUGUGAACGCUGUUUCUGACUCAGGUUCAACUCCCGUUAGAAGUGCUUGUUUUAUGACGCAUCUAGACAUUGUUGCCUAUUUGGUUGAUUGUGGUGCCGAUAUACUUAAGGCUAACUACAAUGGUGGGACUUGUUUAAUAAAUUCUGUACAGAGUGUUCAAUUAUGUCUAUAUCUUUUACAACAUGGUGCUAAAGUGAACGCGAGGGAUAUACAGAAUAAAACAGCUCUUCACUAUGCUAUACAAGAACAUAGAUUUGAAACAACAAAGUUAUUAUUGGACAAUGGAGCAGACCCUUAUGCUCGCAGUAGGUACAAUGAUGAUGCAUUACAAACAGCAUGUCUGAAGGGAGCAGCUCAGAUAUUUCAGUAUUUAAUUGAAAGAAUUAGUUAUGAUCCUGAAAGGUUGGCAGAUGCUCACGAAUUAAUUGGUUCUACAUUCCUCGACGAACAUGUUGAUACACAGACUGCACUUUCGCACUGGGAAACUGCAGUUAAGAUUAGAAUGCAGCAUGGUAUUGAUGGAAAACCUCUUCCGAAGAGGCCUGCCUUGGAACCCAAGUCUGCAUUUGGAAAUGCUACCGAAUUUACGACUUCAGAAGAAUUGAGAACCAUUGCACUUGAUCUAGAUGCCAUGAGGAUACAGAGUCUGUUAGUUUGUGAAAGGGUUCUCGGCCCUUAUCAUAAAGAUACCUUGUUCAGAUUGAUGUAUAGGGGUGCUGCUUAUGCCGAUGAUUUGCGAUAUCAAAAAUGCAUUGACCUUUGGCGAAGGGCUUUAGAGAUCAGAGUAGAAAAAGAUUCAAUCUUAUACAGUGAUACUUGCUUCACUGCUCAGGCAUUAGUGCGACUGUUUGUUGACUUGAAUCUGAAAAGUCUCGAUAUUAUGAUGAAUGGAGGCAUAAGAGCUGAUGAAGACCCCAAGUUUGAAGAUGUUCAUGCAACAUUCAAUCUCUUAGCGAACAAGAUAUCAUACUGCAGACAAUUACUUGAUAUUCGACCUGUAUAUAAGAGGCAGCAGGAGAGUUUUGAUAGAAUAUUGAAGUGUUUGACGCAUCUUAUAUACCUGCUGGUAGAAACAGCAAAAACAGGAGAACAGAAAGAGACCGUACGAGAGAGUGUCAGAGCGUUGGUCAGAGCAAAUCCUCACUCGGCUUGCACUGGUGAUACUCUUCUCCACCUUUGUGUCUCUAGACUGAACACCAUUAAGAGUAGUUACUUCACUGAUGACAAUCAGCUAAUAUUUCCAAGCAUGCCUGUGAUUGAGCUUCUGUUGGAAUGUGGCGCACCUGUAAAUGCUAGGAAUGAAUCAAAAUCAACUCCACUCCACGUAGCUGCCAACCCAUACAAUUUUUAUAGUCCAUUGGUAAAAUUGCUUUUGGAACAUGGAGCACAUCUUGACCAGCCUAAUAGGGCAAGGGACUGCCCUUACUUGCUCAUCGCUGGCAAUCCAAUGAAUACAAUCUGCCUCAUUUCAUAUAGCAGCCUCAAGUGUCUUGCCGCAACUGCUGUCGUCCAGUAUCACAUCCCUUACCAUGGUCAGAUCCCAGCAACGCUUGAGACUUUCGUCAAUUUUCAUGACGCAUCUCACUAGAUAUCUUCCUAAUUAAUUUGUCUGUAUGUAAUAGUUUUAGUAGUUAUUAAUUUGUACAUAACUUUAAUGUCUUUUAUCAACGAUUGAAACAUGUAAAAAUGUUUAUUUAGCUAUAUGUACAUCAUUAUACAUAUAGCUGGUAUAUACAUCAGUUUCUUUAUUGAAAAUACUCAAAUGAUCACUAUAUAUUUUUUUUUAUUACUAUUCACCUUGACAUUAUUUCAUCAUAAAGUUUGCAAUAGAUUAAAGUAGUUUAUAUGAAUCUUGACAAUGAAGAGUUAGUUAUAGUAAUCUCUAAUCAAUGUGUAUUAAUCAUUUAAAAUUAUUUCUCUCUGAUUUUCUAAAGAAAAGUUAUACUGUUAAUUAAACUCAUAGUAAUACUCAACAUAUUUACUGAGACAAUUGAUUUCCUGAGUAAUUCUGCUUAAGGAGCUAUCAAGUAAUUUUUAUGGUGCUUAAAGUAAAUAUUGUCAAAAAUUGAUUAACUGCUAGUUUACUAUUUCAGAUACAGAUUUGCAACAAUAUUAAGAUCAAAAACAUUUAAAUGAAGAAAUUAUAUUAAAAGGAUGUCUAUUUUUUUUAAAACACUGGAGUUCCUAGUUUUUAGAUCACCAAAUAAACAAAAUAUAGACCAGCGGCUUUGUUUAGGUUUCGUAUUAAAUAUUGUAAGUAGUGGUUAAUAUUUUAAUAGGUUUAAAAUCUCAUAAUUAUUAACAAGACAUUGAGAAAGGUUGCAAAUUGAACCAUACAACUUUCAUUAAUUGAACUUUGUAUAUAAUUUUAAACUUUACUAGCUCAUUUUCAUUUUGCACAUUUAUUUCAUUUAAAUUACCUCACUGAAUUUUUCUCUACUUGCUUAUCUGGUUUAUUGAAUUUAUUUUUGAAAUAUAGUUUUUAUCACGUUCAUUUACUAAAAUAUUUGUGUAUAAAUGUAUUGAAAUCAAUAUAUUAAAAUAUUAUGUGGAAUAUUUCUUAUGGCUCAUAAAAAUUUAUUUUAAUUAUAAUCGAAAAUAGUAGGAUUCCGAACUGCUAGGAGAAACCUAAGCCUUAAAUUAAUAUAAUAAACUAUUGAGCACCUUGAAGUGAUAUGCAAAACACCAAAAUCUACAAUAAUGGGUUACUAGCUACUAACUUAUAUGUUACAUUAAUUUCUCUCUUUUAUCGGAGGAAAUUAUUUUUUAUCCGCCUUAGUUAUACAGCCAUAUUGUGAUGUUAUAAUUUGUCGCAAACCUAGGCAUUGUUUUAAUGCCAUAUCCACAAUUGUCAUCAUUCCAAUUCAAGUUAAAGAGGACUGCUCUUGGGUGCUCUUUCGUUUUAUGUGGCAGACCAGUGAACAGAAAUGAAUAUCUUAAAACAUUUUAUUAAAUUACAAGCAUUAUCUGAAGAGUAACAAUCUAAGUAGCCUAGCUCAUAAUCCAUGUGAUAAAAUUUCUUAUUAAACAAGUGGUCAUUGGUCGUUUGUUGUGAUGAUAAAUCAAAAUAAUAUUUGGUCGGAGAUCAUUCAAGGUUGACAUAUAAAUCAACAAAUUAAACCGAUUAUUUUUAUUACUAUUGUGAUACAAAGAGAAGGAGUUGGACAAGCAAUUGAUUUUAAAUUAAAUAGUGUAUUAGAAGGGAAACAACUAGAAGCAGAUCGAAUAGCCAUAAUAUGAAUGAUACAGAAAAGGUGAAUUUUCAUAUAUGAUGUGAGAACGGUAAUUGCUUACACAUUAAGAGAUCUGCAGUUUUGAUACAAAAGCAAUAUCAAUGAAUGAUUUAUGGUUUGGGUGUGUUAUAAUUUGAAAGAGAGGGAGAAUUUAAACAUUUUAUUUGGUAGUUUUACCAAUUGUUUCUUUAUUUUAAGUUUUUAAUGAAUGACAUUGUAUAAAUCUAUUAGAGUUUACUUAGAAAAUUUUAAAAUUGUAAUGGAUAUGUAUGUACAAAAUCGUGUUUUGCUGAAAUUUCAGCAUUAGCCAUAGUUUCAUAAAUAUCAAUAACUUCAGUAGAAUGAUGCCCUCUAUUGGGAUUUUAUUCUAGUCCUGCCGUUCAUAAAUGUAUAUCGAAUCUGAAAUGAUUCAUACUCGAAUCCUUUGUCUAUUUAAAGAUUGCUUUAAAGUGAUUGGUUUUAAAUUCUGAGUAAGCUAUUUUAUUAGUUAUUAAAAUAAUUUUAUAGGGUACAAAGUAUUAAUUUCUCAUUUUAGCACAUACACUAUCAAGACAAGAGUAACAAGCCAUUAUACACUACUUUGCUUUAGGAAGCCUUUUAUAAAUAAUGUACAAGAUGCUAUAUUAGUCUUGAGAAAAAAAAAAAUGAAUUAUCUCUUAUCCUAAUUUUUUCUGUAUUAUUGAUUGAAAUAUGAUGCCGAUGCAAUAUUUUAUAUUCUCAAUUUUUAAUCACUAUAAAUAUUUAUACAACUAUUUCUGAAUAGCAAUAAUAAUAAUAAUAUAUGUUUUAGUAUUAUACUGUUUGAUUUGAUUAGGCAAAAUUGUUGGACAUUUAUAUUCUUUUAAUAAAAGAAUUAUGAAAGAUUAGUGAUUUUGCAGAAAAAUUUACAAACAUAUUAUAAAGUUUAAGGAUGUCCCUCAUCUAUUAAGAAAGAACAAAAUCAGUUUAUAGUAAUAAGUUUUAAGUUAAAUACAUUCAAUUAGAAAAACUUAUUUUGAAAAUGUAUUUUUUCCUCACUUCAAUUUAUUAUUAGGACAAUAAGAUAAUUGGUAAGUUCACUAUUUUUCUAUAAAUAAUCAAAUAAUUUUUUAUGAUUGAUGCAGUAGGUACUAAGAACUUUAUGAUUGAUGCAGUAGGUACUAAGAACUUUUUACUUUUAAUUCUUAGGAUUAACAACAUUUUAUGUUUAGACUGUUAAAAUUGUUUCAAAGUAGUGUUCAUUUUUUGUUUUCUUUUGAAGCAUUUCAUAAAAUCUCAAGCUGUGUUCUACAAUUCAUUUUUCUUUCUGCUUAUUUUCUUAAAUUUUAUGCUACUUAAUCCUUAUCUUAUUUGUGUAAUUAAAAAAAUACAUAUAUCAUUGAUUUUUUUUUUUAUGUAUAGAGAAAUUAUAUUCGUUGUACAGAAAGUUUGUUUUUAAAAAUGAAAAUGUAAGAUUCCUUAAAAAUAAACAAUUGUUGAUACAUUUUUAUGUAAAGUGGUUUAAUUGUAUUUUAUCUUUGUAGAGUAGUAUUCAACUGAUUGAAGGAAAUUAUUAGUUUCACAAACUUCAUGUAAAAUUUUGCUACUAAAUAUCCAGUUAUUUUUGUGUUUCUUUGAUAUUGUAAUAUAUCGCUACUGUUAGUUCAAAAGGUCGUAUGUAAUAAUUUACAUAUUUUUAUUCUCUUUGCGCUAAAGGUGACAUUUUGUAUUCUGCAAAUGAUCAAAGUAGUCUGAUAAUUAGAAAAAUUAUAUUAAUAAAUAAAAAAGAAAUAAUUUGUUUUUGUGAUGCUCUUCUUUAAAAAAAACUCAAUUUUUACAUACAAUAUUUUGCACUAACAGUAGCUAUAUGUUUGGUUUACUAUUCUAAUGCGAAUUAAUAUCAUUUUUUCAUUGGGUGCUUGCAUAAAAACAAAUAUAUAAAAAAAAAGACGUGUAAGUUUGAGCUGCAAUAGAAUUCAAGUGAUUAAGAAUUUAUAUUAGAUUAAGAUUUACUUUUUGAAUAAGGAAAAAAGUUCAAUAUUUAACAAAAAGCUUCAAAUAAUAGUGCUUCUGUGUGAGAGAUGUGGUGGGGAUCGGGAGUGUGGCCUCAGGCCACUGUAGAGUGACUUGUAUGUCUGCCUAACACAAUAUUCUCAAACCUCUCUCAGUUCUAUUUUAUGAGCAUGCAUUUAUAAAAGCUCUUAAAAUAUAUUUUAAACUGAAUGUUUGGUUCAGAGACAACAAAGUCAGAGAAAAAACAGGGAGAUAUUUCUUGAAUGGAAGUUUACUAUUGUAAGCAAAAUGCUAUUUGAUAAUCAACAGUAAGAUCCUGUAGUACUGACAGGCCAUUGUGUAGAUGUGUCAUAGAUCCAUCCCCAUCAAUUAUCUUUAAUAUUAAUUGUCUUUGCAGACGGGAUAGUCAAGUAUUUAUGGGGGUAUGGGUCCCAGAGUGCCCGGUUUUGAACGUUCUGGAUUUGAUUCUCAUCUGGGUUGGUUACUUUUCAUUUCGCGGCAGCAACCUCAAGGUAGCCGUUAGGAGUUGGCUAAAAGAUCCACGAUAGUUUCCACUUAUCGGACUAGUUCUUCCCACCAGUAGCAGUAACAGUACCAAUAAUUAUCUUUGCAAAUAUAGAUCAGGACUUUUUACAUUAUUAUAAUUGUCAUAAGCCAUUUUUCACAAACGAAUAAGGAUUGAAAAUUAAUGCAAGUACUCAAUUUUCAAUUGUAAAAUAUUUUUAUGCAGGAAGUAAGCAUUAGUUCAAGAAAACUAGGUCCCAGUUGUUUUAUUUACAACGAAAAGACAAUGGAUUCAACUUUGUUAUAAUGUAUACUUAUGUAACCCAUGUUUUUAAAAUAGCACUAAUUUAUAAGAUAUUUCUUAUUAAAUAAUAUAUUUUUUUAUUGUGCAUAUUAAUUACAACUAUUAUAUUUUUUACAAACAUCUUUAAAAUGAACGGGAGUCAAUUGUCAUAUACAUAUAGGAAUAAGUACAAAAUCUGUUUGAUAAUCCUGUAUUUCUGAAUACUGCAACAAAAAUGAUAAUCUUGUUAUUGACAGUUUGUGAUGAUUCUUUAUAAUUUAGUAAACUAUUGAAUAUUGGAUGAAUAAUUCUCUCUGCUUAUUUUUAAAAUUAUUGGUUGUUUUUCUUGAGGCUCAAUUUAUAUUUCUAAAAUUGGGUAUUUCAUAUCAUUUAGGUAAGUCUCAAUUAUGUUUAUUAAAAAAAUUGUCAAUUAUAAAAGUUUGAUGUUUUAGCUAAUUGUCGAUUCUCUUAUAUUAAAUUAUCUCAAUAUUUAAUAAUUCUUAUACAUCUAACUAAUUUCAAUAUAUAUUCAAUUCCUCUUUUGGUUUAUAUUUAAUAUAAUAAUCAUAAUUUACAUUGAUAUUUAUAACAUUGAUACUUAUCUUAAUGAACUUGGUAUGUUAAAGCAGUAGUGUCUAUGAAUAUAUGUUUAUUGUUUUUUUUUUUACUUUAGAAUAGAAAUGGACAUUAUUUAAAAAGAUAUGAUAAUUCCAGAAGAAUAAUUUUAACGAUAGUGUUGUUAAUUUAGGAAAAUAAAUUGAAAAUUUUAAUUUAUCAAAUUGUCCUUUGAGACAGAACGUAAUAUUCUUCAAUAUAUAAGUUAAAAAGUUAAAAAAAAAAAUUAUCAAAUAUUUAUGCAUAUGUUUUUUUCUGAUUAAUUUACCAUUUAAUUUAAUGUUAUAAUAUAUUAAUUAUUAAUAAUAUACUUUGAAAAAUUAGGACUCUAUCAAUCAAUAUUCAACUUAUUGUCACUGUUUUUUAUCAUGCAUUCUAUGAGCACUAGUUUAUGAAGUUAUGAUUUUUUUUUUCAACUGUGGCUGUCAUUGUAAUAAUAUAAAUAUUAAAAUCUUUUACACAAGGUUAUGUCUCAUCAACUAAUUUUUAGUUUUUUUGAGACUUAUUGGUUCUUGGGUUAAAUUUCUUUCCUUAAGUGCUCAAACCAGGGCAGAAAGGAGAGUUACCAACCUCUCAUAGCCUCAGUUAGGAGAUUGAAAUUCAUUCUGAGGGUCUGCCAUGUAGUAGUAACAGUCGGCCAUUCCUUUCUCUCCAAGCUCACUCUCUGCGGCCUCUGGUGAGCCCGAAGUACAGAAUUUUAAAAUUUUUAUUGAUUUAUUGUUUAAAAUCUGACUUCAAUAAAAUAAAGAAAAUGAUUAUGCAUAACAAUCAUAAAUGCAGAUUUCCUCCUUUAAAAAGCCUAUUAUGAUAUUAAAUAGCAUUCUUGUAUAUCAAUUGCUAAAUUUGAUGAAGUUCAUAUUGAUUACUUCCGAAAAAGUUUGAUUACAAUUUAUGAAUUAUCUUUUCUAAUUUUCUUUCACUGUCAUGAUUUUAUGGUGACAGAUUGGAAACUACUUUCAGACUUGGUAUCUGUUCGAUGAUUUUAUUAACUUACAGUUAAUAAGUAUUGUAUAUUUGCCUUGUAUAAUUGUCUGUUAUUAUUUAGUGUCAUAAGCUUUUUUCUACAACUAUUUUAUGUAUAUAAGUACAUAGUAAAUAUCAAUUUAAAUUUUUUUCAGGAGUUUAUUUACAUUUACUUGUCUUUAUCGGAGAGAAUAUUUUUCACAGAAUGAAAAUUGAUAAAUCGGCCUAUUAUACUUUUUUUUUUGUGGGAAUUGAAAAUUUGUUUCAUGAGUAAAUAGAGCUCUUUAAUUGUAUUUUUGAUGGGCUUAUUGUGUUAUCUGUGGAUUUAGAUAGAAGGUUCUAUUUUCUUACUGAAGUUGAUAUCAAGUUUAUAAAACUAUAUCUACAUUUCACUAUAAUCUAGUCUUUUGGUCAUAUGUUUACAGAAUUAAAAAGUGAUGAUUAAUAAUAUUUUUUGAUUGUUUCAAUUUUUUUUUAUUUCAAGUACAAAUAAAUUUUAUUUGUAAACAUUUUGUAUGAUUUAAACUUUAAUAUUUAGAGUAUCAUUUAAGAUAAGAGGAGAGUAUCAUUAUGUAAUAUAAAAUCUUAUUUGUUGUAAAUCUUGAAUAACUAUUUUAAAUUUGUCGUUGCUAUUUACUUUAAUUGGAUCAAGAGUUUAACAUUAUUUUAUAGAUUUAAAUGUUUAAUAUAUACCGUUAUAUUAAUUGUAUUAAAUGCUACUAGAAUAUACAAUGACAUCUGUUAUAUCUGGUUUAUGUAUGUUCUAUUUGUAAGGUAUAAAUAUUUUGAUUUUAGCUGUGAUAUAGAUAUUUUUGUUUUUACUUCUUUUCUUAAGAGAAAAAUACUGAGUGUUAGUGUUACAUUACUCUGCUGUAAACACUCUGUAGUCAAAUAAAUUAAUUAUUCUAAUCUCUUU